AUGAAUAUGCUCGUGAACCGUUUUGAACGUAACGUUGGUAUGGAUUUGAAUAAUGAUGGGUAUAUCGGUGGUGAAGGAUUCACUAGCCGACUAGAACGAGCCACUCAUAUUGACUUCAAUGGCGACAAUAUCAUUGGUCGUCGUCCCGACGUGUUCUAUGGAUAUCCAUCGAUGUAUGGUGGUUAUGGAGGAGCCACGAUGUUUCCAUCACCACGACCAUAUGGAUAUGGAGGUAGUUUGUAUGGCUACUAUUAA